UUUGUUCGAAGCAGUCAGUAAAUAUUUUUCUCCUCUGUGUGCCAUCAUCAGAGGAGCUCGCUCGGGGUACCAGGCUCAGAUUAUAGAGGAGUGCAAAAAAAAUCUUUAUCUUUAGGCGAACGGAGAAACACGCAAUAGGAGAAAAGAAAACCAGUGCUCGGUCGUCGGGAUCGUCCGGAUUCGAACGUUUCGUCGUUUUUCGCAUGUGACAAGCCCGGGGGUAGUGUGUUCCGUUCCUGAUUUGUUUGUUCCCUUUUGGCGAUUUCCUGGUCCCGGACGGUGGAAAACUUUCUGGACCUCCAGCAUAGCAGAAAUUUUUCUCCGUCGCAGAACGGCGACGACGACGACGACGACGAAGACGGCAGGAAAACGGGGCGUCUUCCCUUCCAACCAAAACUAGCUCUCCAGGAAAGGCCACCAAGUGGACGGAACUGGAGAAAACAGUGCAUAUCCGUGCAGGUUUCGAGAAAAGGCAAUCCGCAGCAGUUCGGACGAAACUGGUUUGGAAUCGAAAAGGCUGAAAAAGAAAAAUGGGAACUUUGGUUGUCGAUGGCGGUAUUCAUCAGACGGAAUUGUUGACCAUCGAGUCACUGGUGAACGAGUUCUACCAUCCGGGGACGUCCAACGCUAGGAAACACACGAUCGAAGGACAGCUUCAGCAGUUCCAGCGAGCACCACACGCCUGGGCCCUGUGUCUGCAAUAUCUGGUUCAGUUCAACAAUCAGUACUUUUGGUUCUUCAACGUUUCGACCGUGGAAGUGACCAUCAGCCAACGAUGGUUAUCGUUGGACGAAAACCACCGGGCACAGAUUCGAGAAUCGCUGUGGGCAACGUAUGCGGGUUUCUCGCAUGACAUUCCCGGAAUGCAACGGGACAAGGUUGCACAGUUGAUUGCCCUGAUCGGGAAGCGCCAAUUCCCGGAUGAACAUCCGGACUACAUGAAUCAGGUAUUAGAGCUUCUGAAAAGUAAAUUCAUCCUAGGCGUAACGCUGCUGCGAUCGACCUCGGAUGAAAUCACCAGCACAAAGGCUGACAUCACAAGCGAUCGGCAGAAAUACCUUUCCUACUGUGUUUCGAUGUACCUCCCGUCGGUGUUCGAAAUCCUGGAGAAGUACGCUGAGCUAUGCAUCACACGAACUAGUUGUAAGAACGGAAUCAGCCUAGCACAUCUACCGCCUCCGUUUGGGGACGAUUCACGUGUCGAGCAGGCUACCAUGGAUCUACUGCUGUGCGUUCAGCAAAUCUUCUCCUGGGCUCCGCUGGAUAACAUUACGGAGCCGCAGUUUUUCCAGAGCCUGUUCAUGCUGGCACGCUGGAACGAAGCGUACAACGACGUAUCCAUUUCGGCCCUGACUACGAUUUCGGAACUGUUCUACCGCCAGAAGCCGCUACCGCUACCGACGGUCAUUGCGACCGGGGUGAUCGAUCUCCUGCAGCAGUCAACACUCAAGCUGUCCAAUGAACUGUAUCAGGACAAACUUACCGAACUGCUGCGACUGUUCACCGCCCAGCAGUGGUCCAAGUGGAGCAAAGACCCGCACUUUCCGGCGAUGAGCUAUCUCAACUCGCUGUUCCAGUAUACCUUUUUCGGGUACGGUGCGUUAGCAUUCACCGAACGGUUAGCCAUCUGGACGCCGAUUGUGCAGAGCUUUGCGGCGACCGACAACGGAACGGUGGGCAAGCAUAGCGACAAGCUGCUGGCGUUGGCCUCGGGAACCGUGAAGCGGAUGCUGUUCCAGUACGAUUUCGACCAGCAGCUGGAGAUGCUGGACAACGAAGAGCUGGACGAUGACAACGAAACCGAGCUGCAGCACUUCUUCAACCAGUGCAUCGACACGAUAGCGCAGAUCGCGGAAAUCGAGCCGAUCCGGGUGUACGAUAUGGCUUUCUCCGAGUUUGCCUCCGACGCCAGCGGACCGUACGGUCAGGUCCUGUCCACGGUUGGCGGUAUGCUGCUGAACGGUUCCAGCUACGUCGCAUCACGUCCGGCUGCCGCCACCGCCGCUCUGCUACAGGACGAGGAAGCUCGGUCCGGAUUGCGGUGCAAGUUCCGUGAUUUCAUUUCGCUGUGCCAAAUAAUCGCCCGGGUUAGUCCCCUGCUGCAUGAACGUUCCGAAAAGGUCAGCGCCUCGCUGGGGCGGCUGAUCGAAGAUCUGGUCAAGCUGGUCGAGAUGGUGUCUAGCGCUUCGGGUGAUCCGUUGGAGUAUUUCUUUGUACACAUGCAACCCUUGGCCGGGGAGCUGGUGGACGUGAUCGGGCAGACCUUGAUCACGUUACGAAGCCUCCUGGUCGUGACGCACAUUCCAUUUGGGGAUGCAGAAAUGAUGCAUUUCGUCGGAUGCAUUCCGAGGUUCCUGUCGCCUCCGCAGAAGAUCAAGAGGGACCAGCUGAAGACGUUGACCACUGCAGCGGGUCAGCUAUUGGUCAGUGUCAGUGCCAAUUUGCGACCAAAGUAUCUCGUACAGUUGAUAAAACCACUGGUGCACAGUGACCUACGGCACCUGGAGCGCCCGGUGGCUUUGACGGUGAGACUAUCCAUCUGUAAUUGCUUCGUACUACCGUGGGCGGGCUGUAGUGCUGGGGAGCAAAACUUCGAAGGUCGUGCUGCACUUCUACAGGAAUAUAUUGCAUUUAUUGCCGGUGAUUUGAUUAGGUUAGACUUGGGCCAUACCUUUAGCAGUAGCAAUCCUUCGUUGGACUAUGGUCAGGAGGAGAAGAUCGUGUCGGUGGCAACAAUUGUACUUAGCACGUUGCGAGAUCUGCUGGAAUACUACCAGGAGCAGAGCAGUUCCGUCAAACAGAUGCUAGCGGCCGCCUACAGGCCUGUGAUAGAGAAAACCCUAGCCAUCUACAGUGCAGCCAGCAGCAAGAACUGCGCGCUGAUCGAGAAAAUCUUCGAAUUUUGCAUGGGAAUUCUCCGAACCCUGCAGGUUCAGUUGGGGCAAGUGUUCCUGAAGAAUAUCAUUCUGCUCUUCCUGGGCAAGACCAAAACGGAACAGAUCACUUCGCAGCGUUUCCGUUCGCUGGAUAUUCUGCUCAAAAUGUUCCUUCUAAUCGUAGAACAGCCGGGUAAUGUUUCCCUUCUGCCGGACAUCCUGAACUUUUCGAUCGAGCACGUACUCCCGAUGGUGUUCUCUUCCGAGUACAGCGGAAAAGGUGAACUAAGUGGCCACGCGGAUGUUAGCUUAUCGUUGUAUCAGCUGUUCAAUGGAAUACUGCUCCAUCGGUGGCAGUAUUUCUACAAGUCAAGUGUACUGAAGCAGUUUGCUCCGAGUUCUACGGGUUUAAUCCAGCAGCCGCAGUCGGUUCUGGAACAUCCGGAGCAGUUUGCGGCCAUCAUGAACGCAUACGGUCAGGCGAUCGUAUGUUCGAACGAUCCUCACGUAACACGUGCCACGCUACAAACGCUGCAAGCGUUGAACGACCGAUGGAAGCUCUAUCUGAGGGAUUUUUUCCGCGAAAAUCUACUGCAGUCGUUUGAGGCUGCCAUCAUCAAGGCGCUGGUGGCGCCGGAGGGCAUUUUACACUACGACCUGUUCCUGGCGGUGCUGUACAGCAUGGGAGAGGUAGACAUGAAGCGGCUACACGAGACGUUCACCGGAAUUGGCUUUCCGGCCGUUUCGCAACAGGUCGAGGAAGUCUGCUUGGCUACGGACUACCCAACCUUUGCCCAUCGUAUGAACCAACUGAUUCAGGACACCAAAUGCUGCCAAGUGAAUGGCACCGUGGCUUAAUCGCGAAUGCCAUCCCCGUCAUCGUAAUCAUAUAUAACUCGUCACAUCAUCACAACACCGCACAAUCGAAGCGAACUCGAACGCCGCCAUCGGAUAACAUAACAUACUUAUAAAUUUCCCGUUCCCAACUAACUCUCUAUCUCAUUCACUCCCACAAACCAACGGCCAUUAUGGUGAGAGAGAACCAGCUUGCGUUUCGGCUGAGUUGCCCGGAGAGAGCGAAACGCGUGGGGCAGAACUGAAAUUCACGAAAAUUCCAUACUUUUUUUUUACUACUAAUAAUAAUCGCAAUUUAAGGAAAUUAAACAAACAACAAAAUACACAAUUGAGAUAAGAUAAGAAGCGCAUAAUGGAUAAAAAAAAAAUCGUAAAAAAUUAAAUUUCCAAUCGUACGUACGUGAAUCAGAUAUAGUGAACAUUUUGCUCUUCUACUCGUGUGCGCGUAGCGAAUAAGUUUACACACUGAGAUUCGACUCGAAUUGUGGAGGAAAGGAAAAGGAUCAGCGUUUUCUUAUUUGUUUUUAAGAAAACACAGAAAACCACUUGUAUUUAUGUUUCUUUUAAGUUGAUAUUUGCUUUUAUGAUCAGGUGAAACUUGCUCUAGAGAGUGCUUAUGCUGUAAGAAGAAGAAACAAGAAAGAAAGUUACAGGAUCAGUUCGAACCGUGCUAAUUCUCCUAUUGAAAUCUAAGUCGUAAAUAGAUGAUAUCAUUAUCAGGAUUUUAUUUUAUAAUCAAGUUGUAACAUGUGAUAUUCAGAAGGAUUAGUUUUAAAAAAAUACAAUUUUUCGCUCUAUAUUCAAUCAGAUUUAUGUUGUGUUUCGUUUUUAAAUCUAUUCAACUUCUUUUCGUUUAGUCCCUUUUGAAAUCUGUGCACAUGUUUAUUUAUGAUAAUCACGAUUUUAUCCUUAGAAAACUCGGUUCUGUUUAUUUUUCACUGUUUAAUUUAGGCUUCUCUUAGUCCAAACAAAAAUCUAUCGCAGGCAAACAAAGUAGGGAAGUAGUAUUACAAAUAUGGUUUCCUAUAAACAAAAACAACAAACAGAUAAAAAAAAAAUAUGCCUGAUAUAGAGUGUUAAAUUAUAGAUAUAUUCUACAAAUAUUUUCCAUGAAGAUAAUUUCCAGGAAAUUGAUAGGAUCUAGCAAUAAGAAGAAAGGAAAUGCAUUAAUAUGUAAUCGAUCGAA